UCAGGUAGCACCAGCCGUAAUGGUAAUGGAGCAGACCAGAAACGUCUGUCCGCCAAAAGUUUGCCUGCCUCACCUCCCUUACCACCAAAGCCCCUGUUGCUGACGAACCACCUCCUUGCUGGAGAGCUGGUACCUCUUGGUUCGGCUGGUUCUGGUGCCUUUUCUUCUUCCUCUUCUUCGUCGUCUUCCGCAUCAUCUUCAUCUUCCUCUUCUUGCUCUGUGCUCUCACUUCCCUUACCUCUUUUACCACCUUUUCCGUCUCAAGCUCCUACACCCUGUUCGCUUUCAUUGCCACUCUCUUUGCACCCCGGUCCACCCCUUUCGCCUGGGAACACCACAGCCUCAACGACUUCGUCUUCAGUAUCACCAACAUCCUCUCUGGUGUUGAAUGGCAGUGCAACAGGCACUGUCUAUCCCCUCCUCUUUUUGGGAGGAAAUUCAGCCGGUGGCAUUAACACAGGUAAUCCUUCAGGCUCACUGGGCCCAUUCACCAGGAACCAAGUUGAGUCACACGUAUCAGCAUCCAUCGGCUGUCCUCUGUCUGGAAUAGAAGUGCCUGUCCUCAACAAAAUCGAGAUGCCUCUUGGAGUGCGUAAAUCGCCUGUAGACGCCCUCGAGGUCAGAAGUGAGGUGAGCUGCCUAAUGGAAACACUGAUUUUUGGUAUAGUUAUAGGUAGCCUAAUCGACUAUGCGGCUAAUUAA